CUCGCAGGCUGCGGCGGCCGCGGGAGAGGCGUCCACAGCGGUGGCGGCUGGGGCAGCGGCGGACCGGCGGCCGAGCAGGGCGGCGGCGGCUCGGGGAUAUCACUCACCAAGGACAGAGAAGCCACAGGACCCUCGGGGACCACAGCCCUGAGUUAGGGAGCCAGACUUGUGUUGGCCAAACAGCUGCUCAUCUGAUUCGUUCCCUCAGCCUGGAUUGGUGAAUCUGAGUUACAAGGGAGAUCUCCAGAUCCUCAAGACUGUGUCCUAAUCUUUAUCAAUAAGUCCCAACCUGCAAUGCUCUGGGAGAACAACCCCAGCAAAUAGCCAAAGCCGUCAGGCCAGAUGCCCACACACCUUCACUUUGGUAGAGAAGAGACAGUCCUGGAGAACCCGGUCAUGGAGGAAGACAGGUGUCUCUAAGAGCAAAAGGCCAUCCCGAGUGGCCACAGAUGGAAAGAGGACCACCUUCCAAUGCCAGUCUCCGAAGCAGGAAACAUCCCAAGUUUGCUGGGAUGGGAAACCUGCUCAAAGUCCUUACCAGGGAAAUUGAAAACUACCCACAUUUUUUCCUGGAUUUUGAAAAUGCCCAGCCCACAGAAGGAGAGAGGGAAAUAUGGAACCAGAUCAGCGCCGUCCUCCAGGAUUCCGAGAGCAUCCUCGCAGACCUGCAGGCUUACAAGGGCGCGGGGCCAGAGAUCCGAGACGCCAUUCAAAAUCCCAAUGAUAUUCAGCUUCAAGAAAAAGCUUGGAAUGCAGUGUGUCCUUUGGUCGUGAGGCUAAAGAGAUUUUAUGAGUUUUCUAUCAGGCUAGAAAAAGCUCUUCAGAGUUUAUUGGAAUCUCUGACCUGUCCACCCUACACACCAACCCAACACCUGGAGCGGCAGCAGGCCCUGGCAAAGGAGUUUGCGGAAAUUCUGCAUUUCACCCUUCGAUUUGAUGAACUGAAGAUGAGGAACCCGGCUAUUCAGAAUGACUUCAGCUACUACAGAAGGACCAUCAGUCGUAACCGCAUCAACAACAUGCAUCUAGACAUUGAGAACGAAGUCAACAAUGAGAUGGCCAACCGAAUGUCCCUCUUCUAUGCAGAAGCCACGCCAAUGUUGAAAACCCUCAGCAACGCCACCAUGCACUUUGUCUCCGAAAACAAAACGCUGCCAAUAGAGAAUACCACAGACUGCCUCAGCACGAUGACGAGCGUUUGUAAAGUCAUGCUGGAAACUCCGGAGUACAGGAGUAGGUUUACAAGCGAAGAAACACUGAUGUUCUGCAUGAGGGUGAUGGUGGGGGUCAUCAUCCUCUACGACCACGUCCACCCCGUGGGAGCUUUCUGCAAGACAUCCAAGAUCGAUAUGAAAGGCUGUAUAAAGGUGUUGAAGGAACAGGCCCCAGACAGUGUGGAGGGGCUGCUGAACGCCCUCAGGUUCACUACAAAACACUUGAAUGAUGAAUCAACUUCCAAACAGAUUCGAGCAAUGCUUCAGUAAAGCUUUGCUCAGUGAAGAGGAUCUUUGAACUGACCUCAGAAGAUGUAUAUGUUUACAUAAUUUAAUACAGAUUGAUGUUAAUACUCGUGUAUUUACAUAACCGUUUCCUUCUUGUCCCUGAAAUAUAUGGACCUUCAUUUGUAUCCUGACUGACUCAACCCAGCAGAGCAUAAAUUGACUGGAGAGCCUUAUCUUCGAUGUCUGAAACGAAAACCCCUUCUCCAAAUGGAAAAUUUUGGAGACAUUGAUCUUUGCUACUGGAGUUCCUUACACCUUUAACAAUCAGAAAUUCCUAAUAGCUUGUGGUCAUGUUUUAAUUCUAGAUGUGUAAUCUCUCUAGGAAGUAUAGUUAUAGAAACACGAAGUAUUUGAUUUCCUGGGUCAGCUCAACUACAAGAAACACAACUGACAGAGAGAGUGGGAUCCCAGAAAAGACAAAUGCACGUGGAGACACAAAGCCAAGUGUUUGGAAUUCAGCACACCCCCUCUCUUUCCUCAGACAGCGCAGCACAGGUGCAACUUUUUUUGUUGCAUGUAUUUUAGUUAUCAGCAUACUCUCUUCCUGUUUUGAUUUGUACCCUCUAAUGUUCCCUUUCCAUUUUGCAAGAGGAAAAAUCAGUGUGUUUGCAUCAGUUCAUGGGAGAGAAGCAAGAAUAGAUAGAUGUGCUGUGGUGGAUGGGUUGGUGGCUGUCGUGGAAGUGGGGCACAGGUGGGGAGGAAGGGCACCCAGGCAACAGGACAGUCAUCUCUCUGCUUCAACCCUCUGUCUCCAGGGACAGGGAUAUGGAGCUCUGGCUAAAAUUGUGGGUGAGGUUGCUAACACUCCUGUUGUCUGUGGAGCACUGGGUACACACCCCCUCCUAAUAGGAGCCCUGUCCUCUGGGGGCCAUCCAUGUGGCAGCAGAGACCUAGACUCUUAAUUAGUUACCAGAAAGCUAGAGGAACUUAGAGGGGAGAUUUUCAUUUUCUGGUUAUCUAAUAUUUAAAUGGCAGCUCCUUCACGACCCAACUGCUAGGUUGUUGCAAUGUAUAAACUCUGGCUUGAGUACCUGGAUUAAGUCCUAGCCCUGUUGAUUCACAGAGUGAUCUUGGGAAAUUCACUCAAGUUCUCUGUGUCUCACUUUUCCUCAUCUAUAAAAUGGGCAAAUAAAACAGAUAAUCUCCAGUAGCCCUACAAGACUAUGAGCCAAUAAAAAGACUGACUCUCACAUCCUUCCUUUGUAAGUAGAGUCCAGUAAGCAUCACCCCACCUUGCCUUGAUGCUUAGCAAUAUGACAAGGGUCAUUGUGUCUGCAGACAGAGCUUAGAAUGGAAUCUUGGAAAUCUUCUAUUCUGGUCUCCAGUGGAAAAAUGAGACAGAGGAUGAAGUCUAACAGGAUCACCCCCAUGUAGGACUAGAACCCAGGACGCCUCGUUCCUGACUCCAUGCCCUUUCUUUUUCACCACGUGGCCUAUGCAUACAUACUCUGGGGGCGAUACUGGAUGCUUUUAAAUAAACCCUCAGCCUGAACCAUAUAA